AUGGCUGAAGAGUUUCUGGCUCCUUCUUCCAGCGGAGUGCAAUCGAAAGAUGAGGUUGUGCACCAGGUGCAAGCAUCUCUGAGACCGGAGGCAUAUCAUGCCUUAUGUCGUCUCAGGAGAGCCGAUGAAAGUGAGAGCGAGAUUCUCGAGAAGGCGCUCGUUCUGUUGGACACCUACACAGUUGUCUCCAAAGCGCUGGGCCGGGACAACCAAGCCGUCAAGGCUGUCAGAGUGGUACAGCAGAUGCGAAAUGCCGGCUAUGCAGACGACUGGGCCCUGAUCCUGUGCCGCGCACUUUUCCGACAGAGAGAACGAGACCUUCGCAAAGCCUUCGAGCUUUUCGACCAGGACAGCAGCUCAUGGAUCGAGGCCUCAGAAUUACGGCAGGCGUUGCCGUUGAUGGGCGAGGAGGUGCCUGACUCGAAGAUUGACGAGCUUUUCGAGAUGGUGGACAAGGAUAAGCAGAACUUGCUGGAUUUUGAAGAGUUCUGCUUUCUGGUGAAAGGCUUGAACAGCGCGGAAGGCAGUGAAGACCACGAUGCCUUCGCCGUGUUCAAGUCUUCUGCCGAGGGCACCCUUGAAGCUGUGGGGGGCGCCGUGGGUUCCAUGGCAUCUGGAACCGGCAAGGCUUGGUCAGCAGUGUCCACCGCCUGGUCUGCCGACCUGCCGGGCUUGAGCCCUUUCGAAAUGCGCAAGGCCGGUGCCAUCUUGAAUAACAUGGUGGCAGCCGGAUACAGCGAAACCAUGGCAGUAGCCAUCUGCCGUGCGCUGUUCUGCGGGCAGACCGAAAAGCAGAUGCGAAAGGCAUACAAGUUCUUCGAUUCGGAUGAGAAUGGCAGGAUCGACGUGAGCGAGCUGAAGCAAGCAUUGAAGUUGAUGGCGGAGGAUGUAAAGGAUGAGGACCUGGCGGAAAUCUUUCAGGCCGUGGACCAUGAUGGCAAUGGUGCCAUCAGCUUCGAAGAAUUUUGUGUGCUCGUGAGAGCUAUCAAAGACAAGGGCGACAACUCCAAGAGUGGCCUGCUGUCCGCCGUGACGACAACUUGGGAGAAGUUCUCUUCAAGCUUCGCCGGCGGUGCUGCGCAGUGA